AGCACCGGAAACCGGCAGACAAGUAAUCCAUGGGUAUUCCCGUUAAUUCCUACAAAAAUCAUGUCGUUUUCCGUCAAUUACAAUCUCCAAGCGGAACCCAACUCUACGAAGCCGGCAACAACCCUAAUAACACUCACCAUCACGCCGGUGACGGAAAUCCCCACCACCACCCAAUCAUAUCCCUCCACCUCAUCACUCUCCGCCCUUCCCCUCACUCCACGUGUCCACCCUCACUUCCCAUUCGGUACCCCUAACCUUCUCCUUCUCCGUCAAUCCCAAUUUUUCCCGUCAAACCUUCUUUUUUUAUAUACUCACACAACGCACGCCAACACACAUUUAUUUUGCCUUCAAACAAAUUCCGAUUAGAUCUCAACCGUUGAUUUGCUGUUGAUUUGUCAUAAUGGACGAUGACGAUGAGAUUGAGAUCCAAUCUCCUCCAUCUCCGUCGCCAUCUCCACCUAACGGAAGGAUUACAGUCACAGUCGCCGCCUCCGCGGCGGUUGCCUCUCCUUCUAUGAACAACAACAACAACCAUGUCCUAGCUCUGGCGGUGGUUCCGACUCCGCUUCAGAUCCAGCACCAAGCGAAGUCCAACGGCGGAGGCAGAGAGGAUUGCUGGUCGGAAAGCGCGACGGCGGUGCUCAUCGAGGCGUGGGGAGAGCGAUAUUUAGAGCUGAGCAGAGGUAAUCUGAAGCAGAAGCAUUGGAAAGAAGUCGCCGAUAUUGUGAGCAGUAGAGACGAUUAUUCAAAAUCGGCGAAGACCGAUAUUCAGUGCAAGAAUCGGAUCGAUACGGUGAAGAAAAAGUAUAAGCUCGAGAAAUCUAAACUCGCCUACGGCUCCGGUCCGAGUAAAUGGCCGUUUUUUGACCGAUUAGAUCAGUUAAUCGGACCGGUAGCUAAAACUGUUAACAACAAUCAUAAUCCUAACCCUAAUCAUAAUCAUAAUCCUCCCGCUGUAGCUAGAGCCACCGCUAGCACCAGCGGCGGAAUACCGGUAGGUAUUCCGGUCGGGAUUCGCGGUGCGAAUGUAUACCAGAAGGUGCAAAUGAAGAACAAUAGAGUUACAAAAGGGCAAAUUCGAAAGCGUAAUCAUGUCGAUACCGAGUCAGACUCGGAUUCCGACAACGAAGAGACGUAUCAGGACUCGGACGACAGUCUUCCCCCGGAGAAAAAGCCGAGGGGAGUUGUGCAGAGAGGAGUGAAUGUAAAAGCUGUGAAGGAGAAGAAAGGCUGGGGGAAUUCGAAUUCGAUUCGGAUGUUGACUCAAGCAAUGCUGAAAUUCGGGGAAGCUUACGAGCAAGCGGAAAGCGCGAAGUUGCAGCAAGUUGUGGAGAUGGAGAAGGCGCGGAUGAAGUUUGCGAAAGAGCUGGAGUUGCAGAGGAUGCAGUUCUUCAUGAAGACUCAAAUGGAGAUUUCGCAAUUGAAGCCGUGUAGAAGAAGAGGUAAUGGUAGUAGUAAUCAUAAUAAUGGUGAUAAUAAUAAUAAUGCUAUGAUGAAUAACAGUGAUAAUUGAUAAUAGGAUUGGUAAUUGUGGGUUGUGUAAUUGAAUUUAGAUUCUUACAUUUUAGGGUUUAGAUUUAGAUUUCUAGGUUUGAAAAUGGGGGGUUUAUGUGGGUAAGAGAUGAAGAACCCCUUGAUUAUGAGAAACUUGUAAUCAUUAUGGUGUUUGUAGUGUUGGAUUGUACCUUUGGUUAUUAAGCUUGAUUAAUUACAGUAUUUAACUGUUUGAAGUUGA